GGUACCGAGGGGCUGCCGGGCUGGGCUCCUCCAUCCAGCUGCGGGGAGCGGCAGUAGCAGCAGCAGCAGCAAUCACAGGAGCAGCCUCCGCCGCUAGCGCCAGACCAGACCCUCUCAGCAUCAGGAGACAAAACUUUACGCAAAAGUUUCCCCCCUCUUUUUGGUCUUUUAAAAAUAUAUGUAUAUAGAUUAUAUAUUAAGAGACUCAAAUUCAUCUUCCUUCCCCUCUUGGUGGGGCGUUUCGAAAAGUAAGGCAUCGCGGAUGUUUUUAGAGGCUUAGAAAAUAAAUAAGUUUUUCUUCCCAGGAGAGCCAGGACUCAACUUGCCGAUUGUGUUUUCGACACAAUCCAAGCCACUUUUGAGCAUUUAUAACAAUUCCUCCUCGAUUUCAAAAAGGGAGACAAUUGAAGCACGUGCUUCUGUUGAAAUCUAGUAAAACUUUUUAAAAGUGUUUGGCUUCUGGCUAGGGCCCAUAUAUUUUAUAUUUAGAAGUGACUUAACAAGGUACUAUAGUGCCUGUGAUUGUGACAGAGAGGUUUCUGAAUUAGCUGCCUUGGUGUUUCAUUUUAUUUCUUAAUUAUUUUUUGCUUUACUGCCCAGCAGAGCGUUCUGCAAGGAAGCGAAAGAAGGAUGGUGUGUAUAUGUGUGAAUCAACGUAAGGGAUGAACUGGAAGAGAAUAGUGCCUGGUGCUGAGCACCCAUUAAGCCUGUUCCUUUCAGCAACCCUAAGGACUCAACUGGCUUGUUCUUGGAUGAGUUGUAGCUAAGAUUUCUUGUUUAGAAAUGAGGAACUUGUUUGCUGCAGUGAAAAAGAACACUGUGUUAUCCAGAAGACCAUAUUUUGCCUUGCAAUCCUAAGUCCUAACCAUGUCUUCUCAGAAGUGAGCCCUAUUGAAUUCAGUGGGACUUACUCCCAGGUAAGUGGAGGAUUGCAGCCUUAGGCUGCUGUCGUAUAACCACAUACGUGGAAGUCAGUGAGACUUGCUUUCAAGUUGCCAUGGUUAGGACUGCAUUGUUACAGCGUGCUGCCAUCCCCUUUCUUCCAGAGGUGCCUUUUCAUCAGGUGCAUGAAGUCAUAAAUGUGACAGAACGAGGUUCCAGCCUUCAAACGGCUGCCACGAUAAAUUGGAUACUUUAAUUCAUAGACUUCUUUUUUAGUUUGAUGUUUUCUCUUAACUGGGAAGAGAAACUCAUUGAGUGCACCCAUUUCCCUUUUCUUCUCCUCCUUCAUGGAUCUUUCUUUUUAAAUGCAAAACAGGGCAAAUUUGAUAUGUUAGUAAAACUCUGGUGUUUUAUUAUUUUUUGAGCUAUUUAUUGUGGGUUGCUUUUCUUAUAAAAAUCAGCGAAACCUGUUUUUUUCAGAAGCCAGCAUGGGGGAGGAGGGGUAGAAAAGUUGGUUAUUUGUUAAAACUUACUGUUGGUCUUUUCCUUAUUGUGGUGUUUUGUGUGUACGUGUGUAUUUAAAGUCUUUUUUCCCUUUUUGUUUUUACUAAGGGGAAGUUGGGAAUAACUGGAUGUCAGGAAGUGAAGUGAAAACUCCACGUUGUCUAUGAGAAGCUGAGGAGACAGACCAAAAGGGAUGGAUUUAUUAUUCAUAUAGACCAUCAGCAUUCUGCUUUAAAAGGAUUUUUUUUUAAUCCAAAGAAAUCUAUAAAAAGGGAAUAAAAGGCCAAGAGUGCAAUACAAGAGUAAAUAACCGACUGCAUUCGAAGAAAGGAAGGCUGAAGGGAAAUCAAACAAAACCAAGAUAUAUUUAUUUACUGAACCUGCAUCUCUUUUAUAUACAGUUUUCCUUGCUUAUCCAAAAUAGUAUUUAUCAGACUUUGGUCUGCCAUUGCACAGAAGUUUACAUACCCAAAAGGCCCCACUCACGAAGAAAGCGCUGCAAAACCUGUUACUCCAACAAAUAGUGGGAUUCAAAUUUAUAUCUAUAUGUGUAUAUAUAGCGAAACUUUUCCCACGAUGACUCUUCUAUCCUAUGGAUAUCGGUUUUGAGAUAACAGAUGAGGAUUGUUGGCGCCUUUUGGAAAUCGUGCUGGUGUUGUGGGCCAUGGGCUGUAUUCAGAGCAUUAGCUGCAAAUCAAAAGGUUUUCGGGAGAGUAUUACUGUCAUUGAAGUUAAGGCCUCCAUUGACCCCGUCCCUACCAACAUUGAUGAGUCGUCCAGUGUGGUUCUGAGAUACCGGACCCCGCACUUCCGGGCUUCUGCUCAGGUGUUGGUGCCUCCUCUCCCCAGGAAAGAGACCUGGAUCGUCGGCUGGAUCCAGGCCUGUAGUCACAUGGAGUUCUACAAUCACUACGGGGAACACGGAAUGUGAGUGGUACAGUUUUGGCUGCGUGUAUUAGAUUUAACUUGUUAUGGUGCCUGGGGAUGGGAAGGGGAGGGACUUGUACCCUGCAAGGAUUUUUGCCAAGGGGUGCAACCUGCUGUACAAUUGGAUAAGGGACCAUGGCUCAGUGGCAGAGCACCUACUUUUCAGGCAGAAGGUCCCAGGUUCAUUCCCCAGCAUCUGCAAGUAGGACUGGGAUAAGUCUCUCUACUUAAAACCCCAGAGAGCCUUGUAAACAGUACUGAGCUAGAUGGACCUAUGGUGUGACUCAAUAUACAGCUCCCUGCUGUGUUUUAGGAUUAUGGUCAUAGCUCAGUGUUGGAGCACCCACUUUGCAUGCAGGUGUCCCUGGUUUGAUUCCUGGCAUCUCCAGGGAGGUCUUGGGCUAUCCCUUGCCUGAUAGUCUAGAGCAUGGGUAGGCAAACUAAGGCCCAGGGACUAGAUCCGGACCAGUCGCCUUCUAAAUGUGGCCCGUGGACGGUCCGGGAAUUAGCAUGUUUUUACGGGUGGCGCUGUGGGUUAAACCACAGAGCCUAGGACUUGCCGAUCAGAAGGUCGGUGGUUCAAAUCCCCAUGGCUGGGUGAGCUCCUGUUGCUUGGUCCCUGCUCCUGCCAACCUAGCAGUUCAAAAGCACGUCAAAGUGCAAGUAGAUAAAUAGGUACCGCUCCAGCGGGAAGGUAAACAGCGUUUCCAUGUGCUGCUCUGGUUCACCAGAAGCGGCUUAGUCAUGCUGGCCACAUGACCCAGAAGCUGUACGCCGGCUCCCAAGGCCAGUAAAGUGAGAUGAGCGUCGCAACCCCAGAGUUGGCCACGACUGGACCUAAUGGUCAGGGGUCCCUUUACCUUUACCUUUACAUGAGUAGAAUGUGUGCUUUUAUUUAGAAUGCAUCUCUGGGUUAUUUGUGGGGCAUCAGAAUUCAUUCAUUAUUAUUUUUCAAAAUAUAGUCCGGCCCCCCCACAAGGUCUGAGGGACAGUGGACCGGCCCCCUGCUGAAAAAGUUUGCUGACCCCUGGUGUAGACAAUAUGGAGCUGGAGGAAUGAAGGUUCUGACUUGGUAUAAAGUAGCUUUCUACGUUACCUAUCCUCCUGUCACUGGUGGCAUCCAGUUUUGUAGGGCAGGUUUGUCCCUCAUUAUUACCUUCCCUCCAAAUCCAGUGCUUCAUUUCUCUUCAUAAGGUCCCUGGAACCUGCCUUGAUACCAGGUCACAGAAUGACUGCAUGCCUGCUCUGGCUGCCCCAGGCUCCCAGGUCUUUCCCCUCAACUGCUCUGGGAUUUGUUUAGCGGGAGAUGCCAAGGAUCAAAUCUGGGACUGUCUGCUUGCAAAGCACUUGCCCUAUUACCAUUGAUCUAUGGCUCCUUCCAACACAUUCCACCUCCCAGCUGUCCCGUCUUGUUCACUUACGUAAGAAAAAGCAUUUUUGGGGGGAGGGUGUCAGUGAAUGGGGCUAAAAGUGUUUUCCCCUUUCCGUUAAGGGUCAGUCCCAGUCUGUAUAGGUCCUGCUUUUUGGUCCUGCUGGGGUGUGAUGGAAUGUUGGGGGGAGGAAUUGAAUUCUUUAAACCGGCUUCUUCUAAUAGCAAACUCAGCUGGUGAGUACCGGUGGGACUGUAGUCAAAACUGGACAUGCUGAGAAACAUGAGGGAUAAUAUCAGCAUGCUCAAGGAGGGGAACUAAAGUUUUGCAAAUGUAUAGCAAAUCUUUAUGGUGAAAUGUCCUAAUGUCCUCCUCAAAUAGCCCAAAUAGAACCAAGAAUUCUUAGUGGUGACACAGAAGAAUAUCUGCUCUGGGAAAGGAAGCGGGAAUGGAAUGGAGUACCCUAAGAAAGGGCAUGGCUGGCUGGAAGCCUGAACAGGACCACUCCCCACUGCCACCUUUUGCUGCAGGCCAUAUUUGUAGGUGUAUAUCAGCUGAGUGGCUAUAAUUUAAAUGGCCUGUGUUUUGAUCCCUUCCUGUCAUGGCUACUGCAACAACCUGGCAGUGAGUUUAGGGGGAAAUUGGCUUCCUGCAUCAUCAGUAGGGAUGGGACAGAAAUCAGAUUCUGUUCACAUUUGAAGGGGGAACUUACACUAAUUAGCACUUCCUGAAACAAUACGAGAACCAAAACUUAGCCAUCCUUUGAACUUUAUACUUCUCCAGAUUUUGCAAUGAACUGUUCCAACCAAGUAAUGGGUACAAAAAAUGCAUACAACAGGGUUAAAGUGUGCAUAAAAACACCUUUAUUAGUGAAAACAGCAUAAAAAAUACAUUGUGUUAAGGGGAAAUGGGUUUGCAAAAACUGCCCCUUAGGCAAGAUAGCAUAGCAAAAAUGUGAAUGUUUGGAGAAACGUGCUCUGAAACGCUUAUUAAUUUUCAUGAGGGUCUUUUUAAUCGCAAAGGGAUGUGCAAAACUUAAUUUAAGAAUUGGGAAAAGUGAGAGAAACCGAAAUGGACGGAUUCACUCAUCCCUAAUUGCCAGUUCACUGGCACGGCUGUCCAAGGAAACCUUUGGGUCUUUCAGCACAGGAAAAGGCGGCCUUCUGCUUGUAGCGAGUUUCCUUAUCUGUCCUCACACAGGGGAGCAGCAGAGGAAGUCGCCAGGGGCCUCUUCCUACACUGACUCAGAGCCUGCUCUACUCUCUAAGAGGGUCUCUUUAACUUUCCAUGUAUGCAUCCGUAUUCCACCCCCUCUCCCACCCCCAAAGAAGUGGGGAGUCUCUGUAGCACAGGAAUCUCAUUUUGCCCAGGGCACAAGCAACUCUUACAGGGAUAUUCCGUGUUUGUUAAAAUUUAGGGCAGGCAACCCCAUUCAUUCUCAUAGCAGUCCUGAGGCAGAGCUUAGGUACCUCCUUGCCCAGAUAUCUAAAUAUGUGCCCAGAUAUCUAAAUAUGAAAUUAAGGCUCUUCAGAAAUUUAAACAGUUAUAUUUCUUAGAAAUCUGACCUCCUUCCUCUGAGUCUUUAAAAUCUGAAAUAGUUGCUUCAGUCCAGUAAGGAUCAUGGUACAAUUUGCAAGUAAAGCAGGUUUGUUUGUUUGUUUUAAAUAAAGUCACUAUUGAAUGCGAAUGGGGGACACCUCUGGAUGUCUCUCGUUGGUCCUCGGGAUUAUUUCCCAGGCAACACUCCCUCCCCGGGUCCUGGGUGAUUUGGGGUGCUCCUUGGGCACUUUUGGCCUGACUGGACUGUGCCCUUGAACUGCCAUGCCUUUUGCUUCCCUGCAUGGAGGUAUAUGCAAAUCUCUGGCUUCUGAGUGGCUGGAGAGUAGCUUAUGGUAUAGGGCCUUUAGAAGGAGAGUGUGGCCCUCAGACAGAAAAAGCUCCCCCCAGUCUAGCUACAAAUGCAUCAUGCUCUUGAGGUGCUUUUUAUAUUGAAAUUAAACUUAUAUUUAUAUUUAAAUUAAAUUAUUAAUACGCUGCCUCAUCUUUCGGAAUAGCCCCUCUCCUGCAGGGCAGCCUGACAACAUAAAAAAAAAGUUAAAGCUGUAUAAAGUAUCAAACAACACACUAUUAUCAAUAAUAAUAGCAGCAACAGCAGAACAUUUCGCAUCCCAGUAAAAAUGUUGGCCUUUGCCUCUUACACACCCUCACUAAAAGCAGUCAUGCAUUAAAUAUUUUUAGAGCCCCCUGAAAUGAUAACCCCCACAUAUCUCUUAGGUGAGGGCAUUCUACAACCAUGGGUCUGCCACAAAUUAUAAUUUCCCCAAACAUCAAAUACAGCAGGAUCUCAUUUAUCCUCCUAUUUUUAUUUUUUAUUUUUUACCUCCAGCCAAGGGUUGGAAAACCAAAUGUAACCUGUUGGCCCUCAUUGCAUAGCUGUCAACAUUUCCCUUUUUUAAAGGGAAAUUCCCUUAUUCCGAAUAGGAUUCCUCGCAAGAAAAGGGAAAAGUUGACAGCUAUGCUCACUGUCCUUACUUCAUAUCCUCCUUGAAUGUUUUUUUUUGGCCUUGCUGGGAUGUGUCCUUGAAAAUUAUCAUGACUCUUGCUUGCCUGGAUGGAGGACAGAAGGGUGGGUGAGUUGUGUAGAAGCCAGCCCACUGUGCAGUUGUCAAAUUCAAAUCCUCUUUGCUGCUCCCAUUUUUGUUCUGGCCCUGCCCACCACUUCCAUGUGAGUGUAGUUAGAACAGAGGCACCUGUGCCUUUACCUUCCCUAGUCUGGAGAAAGGGGGCGUGGCAAGCGAAGGGGGCGUGGCUUGAGGAGAGUCCUGAAAGCUGAGUGGGCCAUGUCCCCAUCAUGCAUUUACAGUACUCUUACCCCUUUUAGCAGUCAUGUGCUGGGAAUUCUAUCUCUGUGAAGGAAGCUCCUAAUAACCCACAGCAAACUAUUGUUGGCACCCAUCUGUCUCAGGAGACGAUGGAGGACUGUGAAGUGAAACCAUGACAGUUAAGUUAAGGAGCCAUGAAAAUUAAGGUGGCAACCAAAAUGAUGCAGGCAGUGGAUCAGCUCCCCUGUGGAGAAAGGUCACAACAUUUGGGGCUUUUUAGUUUAGAGAAAAGGCUGGUUAAGAGAUGGCAUGAUAGAGAUGUAUAAAUAGUGGGUAGAGUAAAGUUCUUCUCCCUAUUCUCAUUACACUAAAACUCAGGGGCAGCAGGGAGGCUGAAUGUUGGAAGAUUAGGACAGAAAAGUAAUUGUGCAUUGUGUAAAGAAGUACAUUUAUGAAAUCUGCCUCCUCAAGGAGGCAGUGUGGGCCGGAUCCACCAGGCUCUUUUUAAUGUUCUUACAUGUAUGGAAUAAAAGUGACUAUGGAGAGGUUUGGAGGGCUACACUUGACCCCCCUGGGCCUGAGGCUUGCCACCACUAAGCCGGGAGGAGAAAGGCGGCUUUAAAAAGUAGGUUCAGAUCAUAAGGACUUGAGAGGCAUGUGGUUUCCCCCCUCCGCCACUCUCCAACUCUGCUUCUCCCUUAAAACAGGAAGCCAAUGGGGAGGGCUGCCUGAAGUAGCCCUGAGGAAGUUUGAGGGGAGAGCAGCAACAAUGAAAAAGAGGCCCUAAGCAAGGCUAACCCAAGCCAGUGUGCUGCCUGUCAAAAUUGCACCCUAACAUUGCUUCUCCAUGCACAGGAGCCAACUGGAUGGGCAGUUGAAGGGCUACAACUUUGGGUAAAGCUCAGGAGAGUAGACUAGCUUAUGGGGUGUGCAGGGAAGUAAAUAUAGCUCUGUCCUCCCUCAAAGAAUAGUUGGGGUUUCCAGAGGAGGUCUCCCUCUUCUCCACUGCCCACGGCAGUGUGUUUUAGGUGCUUGCCUUGCUCCACCUAAUGGUAGGCUUGUCUUUAAAGGCUGCACUGAAAAGAAUUCUGACUGCUCCCUCUUGCCAUGAGAACAUAGGAAGAGCCUGGCUGCUGGGUCAUUUCAGUGGCCCAUCUAGUCCACCAUCCUCUUCUCACAGUGGCCACCCAGAUGCCAGUGGGAAACCCUCAAGCGAGACCAGAGCACAUGAGCCCUUUCUCUUCCUGCACUUUCCACCCCUGUGUGCAAAGUGUCAUAAAGAAAACAUCAGUAUAAGGCAACUUCCUGUGUUCAUUUUCAGGCACUAUGGGCGGGGGAGAGAUUCCACUCAGUCGGCAGUGAAAGCCAAUCUCUCAAAUCCACACUUUCCAAAAUAAUAUCAGAACCGAAACACAGCCAUCCUUCCAAUUUCACACUUACCCAGAUUUUGUGAUGCAGUUCCCCAAAUAGUGAAUAAUAUAGCAUACAUUAUUAUUAUUAUUAUUAUUAUUAUACACUGCAUUUUUCACAAUGGGACUCAAAGCGGCUUACAGAUAAAAAUAGGAACCGAUAAAAACACAGGGAAAAAACAUUAAAAAAAUAAACAUUGAUAGAAUAUAAAACUAUACACAUACAUAGCGUUCAUUAUAUUAGGUGGAAAUUGCUUGCAAACAUGUGCAUUAGUCAGAACUGUGUACCAAAGUGUGUUUAUUAGGAGAAAUCUGCAUGGAAAUGCCAUCCAAUUUCCAUUAGGAUUUUUUUUAAUUGCAAAUUGCUGCACAAAUGUGGAAAACUGAAGAUUGGAAAAGUGAGAAGCAUGGAGAACUGAAAUUGUUAGACCUCCUCCAUCUCUUUGCAUGAGAAAACAAAACGGUAUUGAAAACAUCAUCACAUAUAACCACCCCAAUACUAAGCUGAGCUCAAAUAGUAAUGAUUUGCACAAUAAAAAGGACCCAGGGGUGGGGGAGACUCUUAUGCAGGACACAGCAAGGAAUUCCUUCAGCAGCAUGUUGAGGUGGGCAGCUCUGGGGAUGUGCUUUUUAAAAUUAUUAUUGCAGUAAAAGAAUGUGCACCCCACAGGCAGAAAAGGGAUGACAGGGACUUGGCAAGCGUAAACUAUAGAGGGAGCAGAUGGCUGCAGGGCUGACCGCUCUGACACUGGCCAAAUCUUGGGGGCUGAGCAUUGUGCGUGGGUGAGAGGAUAGAUGGAAAUGUCACAUUAAUAAGAGAGAGCCACUCACUUGCUUUCCCCAAAAAAGAGGAUUGAAAGAAGGGAAACCGCUGUAGAAGUGAGUAAGCUAGAUAAACAGAAAGAGGAGAGAAGGAAUCAAGUUCUAAGAAAGCUACCCUGUCCUAAAACAGCCUUGCAAAUCCACACACAAAGUUUCUAGUCCUGUUUAUACUCAUUCCCCUUCUGCUAUUUAUUUUGAUGCAUUGAUCCUGUUUAUAUCCUGUCUUUCAUUCAUCAUAAGAGCAGCCCUGCCUGGUUAAGUUUUUCGUUUAUUUCAUUUCAUUGAAUUAACUUAAGAAGAGGCUGGCUGCUGAAUCAGGCCAAAGGCCCAUCUAAUCCAGCACCAACCAGAAUGCCUUAAUGGGAAGCCAGCCAGCAAGUAGGACUUGAGUGCAACAGCGCUCUGCCGGCUUGCGAUCUCCAGAAACUGGUAUACAGAGAGGCAUGUUGCCCUGGCAGUGGAGGCAGAACACCCCUCACCCUUGACCAUUGGCCCUAUGGGCUGGGCUCAGUUGGGGAGUUUGUGUCCAGCUAAUCUGAAGGGCUCAUGAGGCCCUCAGUCUCUCAGCUGCUGUGCCAGCCCAGAUCAUUCAGAUGCUUUCUGUUUUGGGUGUGUGUAUGCCAUUGCUGGGGAAGUAUCCCCAGUGAUUCAGAGUGUACUGCAGCCCACAUCCUGGUGUGCUGCCAUUUCGUGAGCUGGCCCUUAAGUUUCUCACAGUGGGCCAGAAGGGUCUUGCUUCUCCAUUAGUCACAGCCUUGGAAUCAAGCUGAAAUAUUGGAAUCAAGCAUGGCUCUCCUUCUCUGGCUUCUGCCUGCUUCUCACUCAAUUCACACACACUCUACGUUGCUGUUAUCUUUCCCACUGCCAGCCAGUUGUGGAAAGGGGACCGAUGACAGUUCUGGGGGCUAUUAACUCGCCAAGAAACUUGCCUGACUAGUUAAACAAUGGAAUCCUCCACUAGAUUUCCCCCCCCCCCCAGGUGGAACUCACUGGAAACGAGUUCCGGCACCUCUGUGGUGCUUGGGGCUGGUUGCUGCCCCUUAAAAAGUCUCAACAAUCAACAACUUUAGUUCCAGCACCUCGUUUUCUUUUUGAAAAAAAAAGCCCUGUCAGUUACCCUCUUAUUAGAAGAUCCAUUCCUCACAAUGUAGGAAUAGGGCCUUAUACUGUGGUGGCAACUACCCUUUCGAAUUCCCUCCCUUUAAAUAUUAGACAGGUUGUUGUCUCUGUUGCCUUUUCAGCGCCUACUUAAGACGACCUUCCUUCUUUCCAACAAGCCUUUUAAAGCUGAGCUUUUUCCCAAGUCUGCACAUGUAUUGCAGUUAUUUUUAAGAAAUUAUGUUUUAACAGUGUUGUAUGUUUGCCACCCUGGGUUCCUUUUGGGGAAAGGGCAGGAAGUAAAUUUAAUAAGAAAAAUAAGUACAUAAUAAUAAUGUUAGUUAGUUCGUUCGUUAGUUAACAAAAUUUAUAUACCACUGGAUUGUGGUCAAACCUUUAAGCAGUUUACAAGACUGCUUGUAAAAAAAGAAGUUUAAAACAUUUAAAAAUAAAAUUAGCAGUAAAAGAGAUUAAAACAGGUGAACAUCUAUGUGUCUGGACAGGCUCAGGGCUUUUUUUCAGCAGGAACUCACUGGAACUCAGUUCCUGCACCUCUCAGGUGGGUGCCAUUGCCAUUGUAAGAGAAAAAGGAAGGUGUUCAUGGUGAGUUCUGGUACCUCGCCAUGAAAAACAGCACUGGUUAGGGCGGCAAAUUGCAAAAGUGUAAGCGCUGUGGGUUAAACCACUGAGCCUAGAACUUGCCGAUCAGAAGGUCAGCGGUUCGAAUCCCCUUGACGGGAUGAGCUCCCGUUGCUCGGUCCCUGAUCCUGCCAACCUAGCAGUUCGAAAGCACAUCAAAGUGCAAGUAGAUAAAUACUGGCUCCAGCGGGAAGGUAAAUGGCGUUUCCGUGCGCUGCUCUGGUUCGCCAGAAGCAGCUUAGUCAUGCUGGCCACAUGACCCAGAAGCUGUACGCCGGCUCCCUCGGCCAAUAAAGCGAGAUGAGCACCGCAACCCCAGAGUCGGUCAUGACUGGACCUAAUGGUCAGGGGUCCCUUUACCUUUAAGGCAAAGUGAACACGAAAAUGCUGACUUUUUUGUGAAAACUUUUUUUUAAUAAAAUAAAAUAAAUGACAAGGUCAUAUGGUAACACAGCAAACUGAACAUACGAUUUUAAACAAUGAGAAACUGCAAUGCUCAGAUUUUCCCACUCGUAGGCUCACCUGAGCUGUUUCUUCUGAAAGGUUCAGAGUUGGUUCAGAGUUCCUUCUGAAGGAGGGUAGGUUCAUGACCUAGAAACAGCUACAAUAUUGGCUGCUACUUAGCACUCUAAAUACAGGAUAUAUUCCUUGCUGGAUGGAUGGUUGCGUAAGGUUUGGGAGGUUUUAAUAAGAGCCAAAUAUAAUUAUAUAAAAUUGUGAGACAGGUGUGUGAAAUUGGGUGUCAUUUGGAUUCCUUCCCUUUCAUUCUGGAAUGUGUUUGGAUACCAUCUGUAUAUGAUAAUUCAAUCUCUUUAUAAAUACGUCUUUCCCCCUUCCCCUUUUACAGCUCCCCGCCCUAAUUAGUUGUAUUUGAUAUGCUUUGUAGUACAACAAAGCAAAAUAUUUAAAUGCACUUUGGAUGAAUGCUGCUUUUCUGUUCACUAUGCUUGUGCCAUUUCUCAGGGGAAAGUCUUCCCCAAAGUGACUAAUACAGUAUAAAAGUUUUAGAACAAAAAUCUUGUAGGAUCAAUCCAUACCCAAAACUAAAAGGAGAGGAUUAGCUAAAGCAGCAUAUUUGCCCUGUUCACAUCAUAAAAGCAUGAUCAUAGAAUCAUAGGUUUGUAGAGUUGGAAGGGACCCUGAGGGUCAUCUACUCCAACCCCCUCAAGGCAGGAAUCCUGCCCACAGCCAUCCCUGGGUAGAGUCAAACCAUCAACCUUAUGGUUAAUAGCCAGACUCAUUGACCCAUGGUGCCAUGUUGAAAUAUAAGAGCUUUUAAGGUCAGUUUAAAAGCUAAAAAGAAGGGACCAGAUUUACAUUCCUUCUUUGAGAGGUAGAUCCACAGGAACAGGGGCCACCACCAAAAGGCCCUGUCCCAAAUCUAAUAGAGAUUGAUUAUAAGAACCGGGGCAAGCUUGUAUGUGUGCUGGUGGUCCUUCGGGGUAUCUCCCUUUAAACUAUAAAAACUAUAAAUGGCAAGAGUGCAGGGACCAAAUGAGGCCCUGAAAGCCUAUCUGGCCCUUGGGACUUUUCCCAGUUCACACCCUCACCCAUAGGUGCUCCUGUCUGCCUGGAACCUCUGGCAUCACUUACCAAUGACAUGUGGCCCCAGGAAGGCUGACCAUGAGUGAAUGUGGCCCUCCCCAUCUCUGAUCUAUGACUUUAACAUAAGUACUUCAAAUUGCUCCAGCCUGGCAGACCUCAAUGUUGUGAGGGGAAGAGCCGUAAUUUUGUUUCUCCUUCAUCCCUGCGCUCUUUGCCCAUGUUAAGAUUUUGUAAUUGUUUUCGGAAACUUUGGUGUAUGUUUCAUCACGUGGAUUCUGGCCACGCAAUCAAUAGUGCACUUUGGUUUACAUAAUUGUACUACAGGAGUACAAUAUAUGUGUUAAUGAGAUUACUUGUGAAAAGUGGAGCUAACCUAGCAGGAUACUUACGAAAAACAUCCCCUACUCCAAAAAAAGAAACUAUUCCCAAAAAAUUCACAACAUUGUAAUCCUAUGAACACUCACAGAAUCUCGCUUGAUGUGUGCUUGCUUUGAUGAAGGCAUGAAAUAGCCUAGCGAAUUACAUAUUUUGUAAGCAAUUCAAAAAAUACAAACUUCAUGCACAUCCCUACCCCUGACUAUAGGCAAUGUUGCCUGGGGUGGAUGGGAAUUGUAGUCCAAAACAUUUGGAGCCCCCCAGUUGUGGAAGGCUGUGGUGUGGGCAGUACGCUUUCUAGAUGGUCCAAUUAUCUUGCAGCUUUCUGUGUUCAUCCAGAGGUUAGAUUGGGGCGUAAAUUUGAUUCAGUCUGCAUUUAAAGGAGAACCUACCUAAAUCACACUUCCCAAAGAACGCACGUACUGAAACAUGGCCAUGCAUCAAAGUUCAAUAUGCUCUUGAUUCCCCCCCCCCCCCAGUGCAGUUCUCCAGCCAAGUAAUUUAUACGAACGUGCAUAUACUAGGGUAAAGUGUACUUUAAAAUACAUUAAGAUGCUGGAGAUUGAAUGAACUACUGCAAUUGCAUUUCACCCUUGGCACUAGACAGAUGGGCGAUGGGUCGUUCGUUGGUCACCAUGUGACCAAAUGGCAGAUCUUAUUGCUUCCUAUCAAGUGAUUUUUCUCCCCCACCACACACUUAUUCUCCUUCCUAAGAUUUAAAAUAUAUAUAUUCAAAUGGUGUCUGCAGCAUUCUGAACCUAAACGGAAACAGCGGGUUGAAGCAGGAAGUAAAACAGGAGAAGAAACAUCCUACUUAUAACCCCCAUUCUUCAGUGUGUUGGCAAAAAUUCUGCCGGCUUCUGAGGGUGUGUGUGUCUAAGUGCUCACAAUUACGCUGCUCACCUUUCCCAUCUUAGCAGACGGCUGAAAGGGAAGCGUUAGUUUCUAAAGCAGCACUAGGAAAUCUGAAACCUUGGGGCCACAUUUGGCCCUAAGCUUGUGACCCUAUAUGCAUGCUGAAGCUCUUUACAAACAGAUUUCUAGAGCUCCCACCCUGGUGAGUUUUAGUCCAAGGCACUUAGGACCAACCCUACUCUUUACUUCUAAAUCCCAGGCAUGCAGGGGCUGGUGAUGGUUGUGCAGGGCCAAAUACCCCCCGCCCCCCAAAUGCUCAGGAGACCUGCAAGUAUUCCACUCAUUUCAGGGCAAAUCUAAAAUAGAAUUCAUGGCUUAAACAGAACCCUGUCUGUAUCUUAAUCCCAUUUCUAUUAAAUCUCUUGAAUGGCUUUUUAAGGGGGGGGGGUUGCAUUCUGUCUGCCCAAGAGCUUGUGUCUAUUUGGUUCACAGCCUCUCUGCCCUGCUCCACCCACUAUGAAGUGCAGUAAGGCAAACUGUGGGGCUGAUGUCUGGCACAGGAAAAUCUGCGCUUUUAUACUACCCGCUUGGUCUCUUUGUAGUAUGAAGCAGAGGUGAACUCUGGCCAGAUUAGACAAGUCUCUGGUUUUAAAGGUUGCUAUUUGAAAAGCGACAGGAGAUCAUUUUAAGCAAAAUGGCAAGUACAUUUGUAGAAUAAUAGGGCCAAAGGGAUUGUGAAGAACAAAAUUGCAUGGAGAUUCCCCGCCCCCACCCUCCUGUGUUCUCUGUUGUGUUUCCUUAAGCACAAAACCUUCCCCAUCUGAGAGAUUACAUUUCAGAAUGGCAGAAAUGCCAGGGAUGGAUUUGGUGCUUGUAUGUGCUCAAUGCCGCAAACACUAAAUCUGCAAUCCUCUUAAAAACAGCAGACUCCCUGUUGUCCCUUGUGCGAGAGAGAUGUGAUUGGAAAGGAAUAAGAUUGCGGAUUUCGUCUAGGUUUCCUCCAUUAAUAGCUUUGCUGAAGGGUUCUGUGUAACUCAGAAAGCUUGCAUAGUUCUACACGAGAUAUGGCUGCCAUACUUUUUUCUCCCUCUCCCCCCGCCCCCACAAUCUUUGGGGCUGGACUUAAUCUAUGGAUUGCUACAAAGCUGAGCCAGCCCUUUCCAUCUGCCUUUGCCCUUUGUUCACAGCUUAUAGUUGAUUUUAACCAAACAGUCUAUAAAUUGACUGACUGAAUGAAUGAAUGACCACCACCAUCACCCCAACAUCUUUAAUAUCUCCCCAUAGAGAACCAUGGUAGACACUGUAGCACAGAUGCUUGAUAGACAUGAGGCCUAUUGGUUUCUUUGGGGAGGCAGUGGUAGGGGCUGGUGGAUUCCGAUGCUUCAAGGAUGGAGCUUAGCAGAUAAGCGUAUGGGUUUAAUAAAACCUCCCACCCACCCCCGGCUCUAUCCACAGACGAGGUAUUAUUGGCCAACACCCCAAUCUCUAUGAGCGAUGCAAGAUUCCAGGGGUUCCAGGUACUUACCCAGAGUCUGUGUCCCCUUUUGGGAACGGGGCACAGCAGAGACUGUGGUGUUUUUAUAAUACACAGUUUAUUUACACAUAUUGUGGUACCUCUGGUUAAGAACUUAAUUCGUUCUGGAGGUCCGUUCUUAACUUGAAACUGUUCUUAACCUGAGGUACCACUUUAGCUAAUGGGGCCUCCCGCUGCCGCCGCACGAUUUCUGUUCUCAUCCUGAGGUAAAGUUCUUAACCCGAGGUACUACUUCUGGGUCAGCCAAGUCUGUAACCUGAAGCAUCUGCAACCUGAAGCGUCUGUAACCUGAGGUACCACUGUAUAUGCAAACUGAGCCUUUGAUGGAGGGGUUCACAGUAUCAACACCCCAAAAGAGUUUUGUUUCUCCCAUAGCCCCAGCCUUGCAUUUAGACAGGCAUCCAACAUUGUGCUCUGCUUCUGUGGCGUUCCAGCUUGCUGCUUUACUUCUAGGUCACAUUACCGCCUCCAGCUUUUAGCUCACAUAACAGCUAACUCAAACCUCUCUGCUGUAAACUCUGGCUUUAUCUGUCUCACAAAAGCCCAUUAUCCUUUGUUCUCUUAAUGGCCCAGAACUCAGUCACUCACCUCAACAUAGGAAGCUAGCCUGGCUUCAUUAGCUUUUAACAUUUGCUGCAUCCAGGGAUUUGAGAGGUCUUGCAACCAGUUUUAACACCUCAAGCCUUCAUUAAAUUCUAACACUUUCUAGAUCCAGGAAUUUAGAGAGAUCUAGACUAAGUACACGGGACGCGGGUGGCGCUGUGGGUUAAACCACAGAGCCUAGGACUUGCUGAUCAGAAGGUCGGCGGUUCGAAUCCCCGCGACGGGGUGAGCUCCCGUUGUUCGGUCCCAGCUUCUGCCAACCUAGCAGUUCCAAAGCACGUCAAAGUGCAAGUAGAUAAAUAGGUACUGCUCUGGUGGGAAGGUAAACGGCGUUUCCGUGUGCUGCUCUGGUUCGCCAGAAGCGGCUUAGUCAUGCUGGCCACAUGAGCUGGAAGCUGUACGCCGGCUCCCUCGGCCAAUAAAGCGAGAUGAGCACUGCAACCCCAGAGUCGGCCACGACUAGACCUAAUGUUUAGGGGUCCCUUUACCUUUAAUAGACCCUUGGACUCAAAACCACGAAUUUUACAAUCUUGCCUGUAUCCUCUAUACAGCAUUGUGUUGAUGGCCAAUCCUCAACCAGACAAAAUUCUGUUGCCUCUAUUCAAGUUAAACAAACCCUGGAGGGGAAAAAACCACUCGGUGCCUAGAAAGAAAAUUAGGAUUAUGAUUAGCCUAGGAUUUAGAAGGCUGGAAAACAGGAUUAUUAUUAUUAUUAUUACUAAAUCACUUUUGCAGCCAUCUUUAUUUUUUAAGCAUGCAAAAUGCAUUGGAAAGCAGGGAGGCGGGGAAGGAAGGUAACAGACAGUUGGGAAACGUGCAACUUUUUAUGUGGGAGAAAGCUCUGUGGAUGCACCUUCCCCUUAAAAUCUUCAUAGGAAAAUAUAAUCACCCCCCCACUACUUUAUGCAGAGCUUUCUGUGCUGUUACAACAUCUGAGCCGCCACCCCAUCAAUUGCCACUCUCUUCUCUUUUUUUUUUAAUGAUAUUUAUUGAGAAUUUUAAAGUUACAAAGAAAAAAGAAGGAAAAAACAAGAAAAAGAGAAAAAGAAAGAAAAAAGUAGAUAAAAGUAACAAUUAAACAAUACAAAUCAAUAAAAACCAAAAUCAAAAAGAAAAAACAAAACACACAACACAUCACAAUCAAAAAGCAAAAAUAAACAAAAAAUUUAAAAACAAUUCCAAUAUUCCCAAAUCCUUAACUUUCAUUAACUUAUUUCAUCGACCUCCUCACACCUCCCUUUUUUUUAUUCUAGUUGUUAAUUAUCUCAGCAAAUCCUUUCCAUCUUUCACAAUAUUCUGUCAUUAAAUUACCUUAAUCUAUUUUAACCUUAUCUUACCAUAAAAAACCCUAAAACUUAAAACUUAAAUCUUAUUUAUACCGAAUUCUUUUAACCAUAACAUAUUCUUACAUAAUUCUUUUUAACAUUUCUGCUAAAGCCAAAUAAUUUCAUUCCAAAAUUUUUCUAGUACUCAUUAAUUUUACGAUACUUUUCUAAAUAAUUUUUUAAAACUUUCUUCCAAUCUUCAUCCAUCGUCUCUUCUCCUGGUCUCGGGUUUUGUCAGUCCUUUCUAUCCCAUCCAUCUAGUCCAUCAACCUGGUGACCUUAUAUCCGAGGCUCUUAAGUCUUUUCCAUGGCCCAUUGCCACUCUCUUCCAUUGCCACUCUCUUCUCAUACCUAUUUGUAUGCCAGACAACCAAGGUGCCCCAGUUUAAAAAGGGACUCAAAGCACCACAUUUAAUGUGGAAGCAAAGGGUCAGGCAUGAAUGUGGGUAUUGAUUAAACCCUGCUCCAUUCUGUCUUAGCUGAUUUGUCCCUCUGACCCUAAAUAUUGCUCAUAUUAGCCUCCCCAAACCUGGUCCCCUCUAAGACAUUGUUGAACUCAAAACUCCUAUCAACUCCAGGCAGCAGAUUGGGGAUAAUGGGAGUUGUAGUCUUACAGCCUUCCCUAACCUGGUGCCCUCUGAUUCUGUUGGGCUCCCAUUAGACCAGCGUUGUCAAUGGCAAGGCAUGAUGGGAGUUGUCUGCCAGCAACAUCCAGAGGACACCAGUUUCCACCAUUCCCAGAGUUCCCUGUGAAGAGGGAUUGGUUGUUAGACAACUCUGAGCCCCCUUAACAAACUACAGCUCCCAGAAUUCUUGUGGGGAAGCCAUGACAAUUUAAAGUGGUAUGAUACUGUUUUAAAUAUAUGGUGUGGAUGUGGCCAUACGUUGACUGGUUGUCCAGGGUGUCAGACAGAGAGGGAUCUUGCUUCCUGCUCCUUUUAACUGGAGAUGGUGGGGAUGGAAUGAACCUGGGAACUUUUGCUUGCAAAGGUAGGUUUUUCCCACCAAACUAUGGCCAUGCUCUCUUGCAAAUCGGCCACUGGUGAAUAUAAUAGCUGGUUUGAAAGAGAUAAGGUCAUAGGAAACACAGGAAAUUGCCUUAUACUGAGGCCAAUGGUCCAUUUAGUUCAGACUUGUCUAUCCUGACCAGCAAUGACUCUCCAGAUUCUCAAAUGGGAGCCUUUCCAAACCUUCCCAAGAUAUGCCAAUUGGGAUUAAACCUGUGAUCUUCUGCAUGCAAAGCAGAUAUUCUGCUACUGAAUUGUUGUCCUUCAUCUAAGUGUCAAUAAGGCUCCAGUUCCCAUGAUUCGAACCUGGGACCUUCUGCAUGCACAGCAGAUGCUCCGCCACUGAGCUGCAGCCACCCUCAGGUGAGACUGAGUCAAGGACAACAGCUGGCAAGGGGUAUGGGACGGACUCUGUGUGUGUAUGCAGUGGGCUUUCUUGUCAGCCAUAAAAAGGGCAAUGAAGCCCCAUUCCCUUCCUCCUGCUGAAAUUUGUAGGCGGAUUUAAUUGCUUGCGAAUGCCAGUAUUAGCCACGUGCAAGGCGAGCGAGGGCCCCGGGGGGUUGUGCAAGUUUCCUCCCCAUAGAUGUAUGUGCCAGAACGUUUCCUGUCAGCCUCGUACCAUCUGCUUUUUACGCCUCCCCUUCCCUUCGGUUUCCUAAACAGUGCUCUACCGCGCACUCGUUUCCCCUCUUUCAUUGCGAAAAUCACACACAAUGGGGGUGGGAGGUGGGUGAUUUGCCAUACUGGCUCAGAGUGAUAAGCCUCAGCCUGUUCCGCAGGCCUCUUUUGACAGCACCAGGCAGAGAGGUGGAGUAUAAAUGUUUCUAAUAAACCAAGUAAUUAAAAUAAGAUUUAGUAGACUUCUUUUUCCUCCUUCCUGCAUUCCUCCAGGAAUCCCCACUGUUGUUUUUUAUUUUUCUUUAAGUUGAGCAUCCUAAUCCUUUCCCCAAUAAUGAAGGACCAAGGCCCAAAACAGCCCUCAGUGCCAGCAAUGGGGAACCUGUGGGGUCCUUGUUAUUGCUCAACUCCAACUCCAAUCGUCCCUGGCCAUUUGCUACCAUGCUGGCUUCCAGGAGUUGGAGACCAGAAACAUCUGGAUGGUCAUAGCUGAGGUUCCCUAUCGCUGCUGUCCACCUUGCAGUGCUUCUGUAAUAUCUAUUGCAGGGCUUUGGAAACCUCCAGGUCCACCCAUUUGGCCCUGUAGCCUAUUCCACCCAAGCCAUGCCCUUCUGUCCUAUGUAAAAUGCCAGGUGCAGUGGCAGACCUUAACGUCUCAAAUUUCAGUGGUGCCCUGUGCAACGCCAAUAUCCAGCACCCCGUUGGAUAUUACAGUUGCAGCGCCCCAGAAGCUCCACACCCAGUGCAACCACACUGGUCAUGCAACCCUAGAUCUGCCUUUGCCAACUGCAGUCCAAGUAAAAAGUUGAAAGGGUGGCAAUUCACCACCCACCAGCUUAUCUGCAAAGCCCCGUGCCCAAGGUAACACUUUGGAAAGGGCUUCCAAAGGCCACCUGAUAGCAUUGCAAUGCCAGGUAAUGGGCCAGUCAGGUGGCUCUGCCUACCUGCUGAACUUGGCCGGUGAUCGAUUGGGGAGAUAAUCCCCUGUCCUUCCCAGGCCUUAAUUUCUGCCUGAAAAUAAAUAAAACCAAACCAGAUUAUUAUUAUUAUUAUUAUUAUUAUUAUUAUUAAUAAUAAUAAUAAUAAUCUCCUUUCCCCAAAAGGGUCUCUCACUGGGGAUUGUGAGACAGACAGAUGGGCACACAUGAUGUGACAGUGAGCAGACGUUUGCUUUCUUAUGGUGAUCUCUGAUUCACCCCCCACUGGAGAAAGUUGGAUGAGUACUUCCCCCCACUCCUCAAAAAAAUCCUCCAGGCUUUUCUCAGUCCUGUGGUAACCCCAGACGUCAGCAUCCCAUAUGCUAAGAAUUGCCCCAUAGCCCCUUUUCCUCUGUCAAGAGAGCCUGUGCUCAGUUAAUCUUUUAUGCAUCCUGAGAUGGUCAGGCUCCUUCUUACAGGACAUUUGUGGUUUGACAAGACAUGGCCUUCUGUGGGAGCAGAGAAACAGCAACACUCAGGAUUUUGCGGGGGGGGGGGGGCAGGGCCAUAGCUAGGGAGUGGUGAGGUGGGCCCCUGCCAAGGGUGCAGCUGAGGGGGGCACAAAAUCAGCUAAAAAUAUGUAAAAUUUUUGAUUAUUGCCUCAUAAGAAAAGGUUUUUAACAGAGGGUGAAUUGAAUGGGUGAAGGGGGGUGGGUUGGAGGAUAGGCGGAAAGAAGAGCUAAUUUGUCCGUGGCUAGGAGGCGCAAUCAGGACAGUUCUGCCAGGGGCGCAAGCUCACUUAGCUACGGCUCUGAGGGGGUGGGAACUUUCUGGACUACCUUUUGAAGACAUUGGCAGGCAUAUCCUAAAGCAAAAGUGGCCGAGGAAUCACAGCAAAUUUUACUGCAGUACCGUUCGUUUGCUGGCUGGCUGGCUGGCUAUUUAUUUAUUUAUUUAUGGCACUUAGAUGCCAACUAUUCUUUCAAGGAACUCAAGAUACUGUGCAUUUUAUCCUCACAACAACCCUGUGAGGGAGGUUAGGCUGAGAGACAGUGGCUGGCCAAAGGUCACCCAGUGAGCUUCAUAGCUGAGGGAGGAUUUGAACCCCAUUCUCCCAGGUACCUCAGUCCCAAGGCCCAAAUGUGGCCCUGCAGGCCUCUCUAUAUGGCCCCUGAAGACUCUUCCCCAGGCCACUUCGCUCACUGGCCCUGCUUUGCAUGCUUUUGCCUGGCUGGAAUGUGCCCUUGAACACUGGAUAAAAGCUUCUUGCUUGCCUGGAUGGAGGACACAGAAGGGUGUGCUGCUCUGUGCAUAGGGUGGGAUUAAAUACAUUUUAAUAAAUAAAUUUUAGAAAUCAAUUAAUGCAGCCCAUUAAUUGAUAAAAUGCUGAAGUGCUACAGACUGGAAUACGGUGGUACCUUGGGUUAAGAACUUAAUUCGUUCUGGAGGUCCGUUCUUAACCUGAAACUGUUCUUAACCUGAGGUACCACUUUAGCUAAUGGGGCCUCCCGCUGCCACCAGUUUCUCUCAUCCUGAAGCAAAGUUCUUAACCUGAGGUACUAUUUCUGGGUUAGCGGAGUCUGUAACCUGAAGCGUCUGUAACCUGAGGUACCACUAUACAAGAUUCGCAAGUCUUCCCUGCAGGAGAAACAACGUUCAUCUUCUCCUUUCCUUUCCCUCUCAAAUGUAGGUCAAGCUGGGAACUCCCAGAUCUCCUCGAGGGCAAGAUCCAAGCGAUCAGCGACUCGGAUGGGGUCAAUUACCCCUGGUAUGGGAACACCACAGAGACCUGUACCAUCGUGGGGCCCACCAAGAAGGAAGGGAAGUUCAGCGUCAGCAUGAACGAUAACUUCUACCCAAGUGUCACCUGGGCUGUCCCAGUGAGUGACAGCAACGUGGCCAAGCUCACAAGCAUCCACAGGGAUCAGAGCUUUACUACUUGGCUGGUUGCCACCAACACAGCCACCAACGAGAUGGUCAUCCUUCAGACAAUCCGGUGGCGGAUGAAGCUGGGCAUCGAUGUGACCCCCAGCAAACCUUUGGGGCACCGUGCCAAGCUGAAGGAGCCCCAUGCCCAGGAGCAGCCACAGAUCCUAAGCAAGAACGAGCCAAUACCACCUAGUGCCCUCGUGAAACCCAAUGCCAACGACGCCCAGGUACUCAUGUGGAGGCCUAAGGACGGGCGCCCUCUAGUGGUGAUACCUCCAAAGCAUCGGUAAUGAGACCCCCUCUCUCUCUAAGUGUGUCCAGCCUCAAGGGGUGGAUUGGGAGGGGUGGGGGCAAAGAGAGGAGGAGAAGGAGGAGGAAAAAAACCGCUUCAUAUUUAAGAAAACAUAUUUAAGCAAAAAAAACCAACCAGAUGCACUUUUAAAACUCAUUUGACAGAAAAGAGAAAUAAUAAUAAUAAUGCAACCAUUCUACCUUUUCCCGUCGGAACGGGUCUCACUGUGCUAGAGACGCUCAACAGGAAGGACGCUCCCCUCAAGAGCAUGACGGGGUGUGUGUGUACGUUUGUCACCAGACAUCGAGUUUCUAAGGGAGCGAACAAAUCAAUGUCCACACACUUGAUUUCCAGCUUUGUAAAAGUUGCUUUUUUCCUUCCUUCAGUUGUUGUUUUCAAGUUCAAUCUCAUUAACUUAGCUUGGAUCACCUGAGAGAGAGAAAAAACGAAAAGGUUUUUUUUAAUAUAUAUAUUAAAUGAGGGAGGUUUUAUUUUUGAGAUGGGAGGAGGAAGGGAGAAAAUUAAUUUUAUUUAGUUGGGAAGGGGAGUAGAUGCAGAUGCAACAGAGUAGAAAAGAAAACAACAAUUUGUUUAUUUCUCCUCUCCCUGGAUGAUGAUGAUGAUGAUGAUGGGUGGGUGGAUUUUUUGUUCUUACAGAGAUGAUGUUCCAAAUUGCAAACACAAGUCACGCGGCCUUAUGUAGAUUUUACUUUGCAUUGCCAAACCUUUGCCUUAAGCUGCAUUUUUUUAAAAAGCGGGUAAGCGGGGCGGGGCGGGGGAUAAGAAAGCAAGCAAGCAAAGAAGGCUCCUUUUUUCUUACUAGAUAUUAGAGUGAGCGGGGGGUGGGGGAGAUGUUUUGUUCUGGAAUGAAAAUGAAUCAUUGAGCUUGUAUUGCAACCAGUUGCUAAAGGAGGUUGCCAUCUUUCCCCCCUUGCUUUUGAAACAAACUAAAACUACACCAGCAGAGAUUCUCUUGGGACAGAGAGGCGGUGAAGGAAACUGCACCUGCUUAAUUUCCACCUGACUGCUGCUGUUAGUAGUGCAGGGACUCUAGUUGCUUCCACACUAGUCCUUCUUUCCCCCUAAAAUUAUCACCCUAUGUUUACUCAGUUCUUACAAAUUGCAUUCCUGUGUUGCCUCCGAUGUCAGUGCUACUAACAUUUCAAUGGGUCUACUCUUAGUAGAACACAGUUAGAUACAACCCUCUGUGCAUCUUUUUCAAAUCUGAUCUGUAGUGGGGUGGGGGGGGGGUCUCUAUUUUUUUGGUAAUUUUAGGGCUUGUAAAAAAGACUUUUCAGGGAUGUGGGUGGCACUGUGGGUUAAACCACAGAGUCUAGAGCUUGCCGAUCAGAAGGUCGUUGGUUCAAAUCCCUGCGACGGAGUGAGCUCCCGUUGCUCGGUCCCUCCUAGGUACCGCUCCAGCGGGCGUUUCUGCGCACUGCUCUGGUUCGCCAGAAGCAGCUUAGUCAUGCUGGCCACAUGAGCUGGAAGCUGUACGCCGGCUCCCUCGGCCAAUAAAGCGAGUUGAGCGCCGCAACCCCAGAGUCAGCCACGACUGCACCUAAUGGUCAGGGGUCCCUUUAUCUUUAAAAAGACUUUUCAGGGCUCCUCCUCUUAAAUUACAAACUUCCUGUGUACAGAUUCACCCCACUUUAUUGCUUUCUGUUUAGUUCAAUGGAGGGAUAUUAGCAGUCCCUUCACUGCCGAAUAUUGUCAGUUUCUGAUCCUGUGAACAGAGGUGCUUUAAGUAUACAUUGCCUCCCAUUUUAGCCCCUUUUUAUUUGUAUAGAGCAAAAUAGACAGUACUAUUUUUCUACAUAAAAAUGAUAAGAAAAUAAUGAGAGGCAAUCAGUCUUUAAAGCCUCCCUGCUCACAGGAACAGAAAUUGGCAACGCAGGAGAACUGUAUUCAAGAAAAAGUAAUAUAAUGGGCUGAACCUGCCAGCAGUAAGCUUUUAAUUAACAGUUGCGGGGAUCUUUGUUUAAUGAGUCUUUCUUCUGAACAAGCAUCACAGAAGGUUCUUAGCCAUGGGGAGUGGCAUUGCUGAUCUAUUUAGUGUAAUAUUAAGUGCUGUGCAGAACCACCAGUUUAAUUUUACUUUCUGCACAGUGUGGGAAAGAAAUGCACCAGCAGCACUGAAAGCAACUAGUGUGGAAGCAACAUUUGCUUGGGGGGAAUUGUAUUUUUCUAUGUCACGGAGGGAAAAAUCUGGUUUGAGCCCCCCCAAGUAAUCCUCCCUAGCUUAGAUGGGGAUGCUGUGACCUGUGCAAUUGCUGCGAAUUGUCUGCCUUCCCUUCCAGAAGCAAGAAUUUUAGCUCCAGAACGGGAAGCUGUGGCUCACAGCUUCUAGGAUCAGGUGUGGGGAACCUUUGACCCUCCAGAUGUUGCUGAACUGCAGCUUCCAUCAGCCCCAACAAGCAUGGCCAGUAGCUAGGGUUGAUGGGAGUUGUAGUUCAGCAACAGCUGGAGGGCCAAAGGUUCCCCACACCUUUCUAGAAAGAAAACAGUGUACCAAGCAAGGAUAGCAGGAAGUGAUCUGGGUGAUGUUUUACUCUGGAUUCUUUACUUCCUUCUCCAUAUCCAACCCUCUUCCCUUUGGGAGGGUCUUCAGGGCAGCGAGAAACAGUUGUAUCCAACUAACUCGGAGUAGACCCAAUGGAAUUAAUGUACCUAAACUAGCUAUGCCCAUAUUGAAAAUAACUUAAUUUAGGGGCAGAGCUGUAACUUACUAGGGAAACACAUGCUUUGAACACAGAACCUUUUGCGUGCAGUCUGUGGUCUGGGUGCUUAUUGUGAUGGCAAAGACCUCUGAAUGUAACUUUUAGGAGCUGCUGUUGGUCAGAGUAAGUCCUGGGCCUGAUGGACCAAUUGUUUUUAUUAACAUAUAUGAAAUGUCCAUUAAUUGCAAUGAGUCUACUCUGAGAUACAGUCCAUAUGAAAUAUUUUAAGCGGUGGCAGGGGUGGGGAGGUGGAGGGGAAGAGACUCAGUUUUGAAAAUGCACAGGCCCCAGGACAAAACUUCCAUGACACACCGUUUCUUUCUGGUAUUCACAGGAACAGGACUGUUUUCCCCUCUAAUGAUACGGGGCAGCCAGCGUUCAGCACGGAUCACUUGGGAUCGGGGCAAUAUAGGGGUCCCUUCUUCACCAAAGGGGGAACCCAGUGUGCCGUUUGGUUUAAAAUUUAAAAAGAAAAGGAAGUGGGGAGGGGAGACCACAUUUUCAACUCAACAUGCAGGAUUCUAAAAUGCACACUUGUCUGUUUUUUUCUGAAAAUAAUAGUUCUCUAAGUAAUGGUGUGUUUGCACUAGCAGAUUACCAUCAGAUGCGCUUACCGCUGUUGCUGGAUUUGACCCCUGCUGCUGCUGCUACUGCUGUAGAGUUUGCACUUGGCAAAGGGGUAGUUUGGUGUUAAAUUAUUGCUGGAAAAGCCUGCAAGUCACUCAUCUGCUGUUUUUCCCCUGCAGGGCAUGAAAGAGAUGGUGCAAAACAAAAUAAAAACAAACCAUCCAACCACCCCAAAAUGCAUGAUUAAGAGUUUACCUGCAGAAAUAUUUGGCUAGUGAUUCCUUUUGAAAAUAUACAUGUUCCCUCCACCACCCAACAUAUGGGGGUAUAGCCAUAGUUACUGCCCUCCGUUUUCAGAACAGGGGUAAAACAGGAGUUGUUUACUCCUGAUGGAAGCCAUUUCUUUUCCAAAACAGGACAGAAGUGACACACUUUUAUUGUUUCAGUUAGAAGUGGGAGUUUACCAUUGCUGCUUAAAAUUUCAACAACCAGCUAUAUAUAUAUGAGAUAUGGAUACUUGUCUUGAGAAACCACACAUUCAGAAUCUAGGGUGUGGGUGUAUUAACCUAAUCCAUCCAAACAAUUCAUAUUUGGCGGCAGUUGGCCCUAAAGCUUGUUUUUGAUCAGCCAAAUCCCUCGCUCCUGUAUGAUCCGUAAUCAAGCCAAGGAAAUUAGACAGCUGCUACUUUUGAAGGUCACAGCUAUAUAGCACCAAACGAGUGUGCAAUAUGCUACUCAGAAUGCACCAGUCACUGUGCCUGCAUGAAAAUGCUUACAAUUACUUACAAAAUGCCCAGAUCAAGAGUCCUGAACAUCUCAAGGCAUGGGCUGAUUCUCAGGCAAGGGUAAUAUACUCACAGAGUUAUUAAAAUAACAAAGCACCACUACAGUUCCCAGGAUCCUUUGGGGGAAGGGGAGCCACAACUGUUAAAAGUGGUAAGAGUGCUUCAGUUGCACAGUGUGGAUAAGCGCAAGCAGUGGAGGCUGGUCUGUUAGGCAAUUGGGGCACUCCCACACCAGUCAAUGCCCACUGUCACUGCCCUGCCUUCUUGCCUACAACCAGCCCAAGGGGUAGACUUGGCUGUUGGCUUCCUCCUCCUGUUGCCCUUGUAGAACUCAGCAAGGAGAUGGAUGGGGCGGGGCAUCAUAAUUAAUUGGCUCCACCUCUCAUUGGUUCUGGACUGUGGCUCUACCUACUGUAUGGGCUCACAGCCUUCUGCCCCACCAGCUCAGGCUAUGAGAAGAUGUUGCUUCAGCAAGCAUCAAACUGAGAUAGAACAGCAUCAUCUCCCUCCCUCCUGCUAGUUCUUCCCACAGUGAGCGGUGCCUUUUGAGUUAAAGGGCCACAGCACACCCCAUCAGUCUUGGUGCUGCCAGCAGAGCAGGGGAGACUCUGGUCUCACUGGGGCCUCUGUGACGAGGUCUUUUAAGCCCAAGGAUGGCACCAUUAUAUCUUCAGGCUGGGGCACAGGCAUUAGUAGGUUGUCUGGCAGACAUGCUUCUUGGUCUUCUCUGUCCUUUCCCUUCUGCUUUGGAGUCCUCACCCUCAUAUCCCCGAGGACAAGGAAUCUGAUGCCAGGGUCACAGAAUCAUAGAACAGCUGGAAAGGACCCUGAGGUCCACCCCCCUGCAAUGCAGGAAUUUCAACCAAAGCAUCCAUGGCAGAUGGCCAGCUAACCUCCACUUAAAAACCUCCAAGGAAGGAGAGUCCAGCGCCUCUCAUGGGAGUCUGUUCUACUGCAGAAUGGCUCUUAUUGUCAGAAAGUUCCUCCUGAUGUUUAGUCGGAAUCUCCUCAUAACUUGAAUCCAUUGGUUCGGGUCCUACCCUCCAGAGCUGAAGAAAACAAGUUUGCUCCCACUUUCAUGGGAAAGCCCUUUAGAUAUUUGAAGGUGGCUCCCUGAUAUCUCCAUGAUCAUACCUCCUCUCAUCCUCCUCUUAUCUGGGCUAAACAUGCCCAACUGUUUCUCAAACGGCUUGGUUUCCAGACCCUCAGUUGUGACACUGAACAGCUUUCCCUAUGAAAGUGAUUGAGAAUACUUGGAAAUAACAGCUGCAUCUUAGGAAGCUGCCUUCUACUGAGUUGGACCAUUGAUCCAUCUAGCUCAGUACUGUCUACACUGACUGGCAGCAACUCUUCAUUGCCCCAGGCAGGGAACUUUCCCCAGCCGUCACCUGGAGAUGUCAUUGGGGAUUGAACCUGGGACCUUCUGCAUGCAAAGCACAUGCUCUGGCACUGAGCUACAGCCCUUUAAAAAAAAUUCAGAGAGGAGGCUGCUGCUUUUGUCUUGCUGAAGGGCUUCCCAGUCCUUUCUGUUUCUAUGGGGGAUGUCAAGAAAGCAGACUCCCUCCCUGUUAAAGCCUUCUUAUUCAGCUGUUUUCCUCAACCCUGCUGCUUUAAGCGGGGAGGGGGAGGAGCUGUCACGGACAGGCUUGAUCCAACACAAAACGGGUUGUGUCUGACAAUGACUGGCUGGACUGAGUUGCUGCCCUCAAGAUGAAUAGAACCACUGGUGAACGGGUUCAGAAGGUGGGGUGUUGGGGGUGUGGGGGUAAGAGGGUUGUGUGAGAUAUGGGAGCUGAUACUAAUGUCCAGUGCUAUCUUUCUAGAAAAAAGGUGCCAGAACUCACCAUGAACACCUCCCUUGUUCUCUUAUAAUGGAAAUGGUGCCCACCUGAGGUGCUGGAACUGAGUUCCAGUGAGUUCUGGCUGGGGGGGGGGAAGCCCUGCUAAUGCUGAAAGGAGCUUCUCUAGAUUCACAUUAAGGGCAGGCAGGUCAGGUGUUAUUUCAUUAAACAGAGACUGGCUGGAUCAAAUCAAGAAGUUGCAUGUAGUCCAGCAUCAUCGUGAGUCCCAACAGUGGCCAACCAGAGACUCCAGGAAGACGAGAUACAAAGCUGUAGGACAAUUCCCACUGCUGUUCCUCUUCUCCCUGCCCAGUGUCUGUUAUCUGGACAUUGAUCAAAGCAGACCUUAAACGAAUCAAGCACAGCAAACCCUGGGGGCCUUGUGCUGUGCACUCCCCUUUGCUGUCGAUCACAGAGACCUGCAGCAUUCAUUGCAUGGAGACAGGUUAACAGGUGACUAAAUUACUCAUACAAAGAGAGAAAAAGAGAUAGGGAGAUUGGACUGUCGUGGCCUAGGGUUGUUACUCAUCUUUCUACAUGUCCCUCUUCAGAAUGCCUAAACCUUUAGCACUGUGGCUGGCCUGCCUUCGUCCUUUCUCACGCUUCCCUGCUUUGAGCCAUUUUCAACAUAAAAUGAGAACACACUUAACUGUUGGGCUUGGGUGGGUCAACGUUGCCUCACUGUUGCCCAAUGUACAGCAUUCAUGUGAAUACAGCUUCUGCUUAAAGGCGGUGUGUGUGUGUAUUGUGAACCUCCGGAUGUUCCUAAGACACACAACUCCCAUAAUUCCUAUUGGUCCUGCUGGCUGAGGUUGAUGGGAAUUGGAGUCCAACAACAUCAGGAGAGCCACAGAAAUCCCCUACCCUUGAUCUAAGAACGCGAAACAUUCUCCUUUUUCACAAGUGAAUGCCUCUUCUAAACAGGCAUUUGCCCAUCUCUUGCAUGCUGUGAGGGUUGCUCCUUAGAUCAGGGAACAGUGAGGGCGGGACUGUACUCCUGAUGUUUUCAGACUACAACUCCCAUCCUCCAGCAACAUCUGGAGCAGCACAGAUUGAAUUCAAUGAAGCAAACAUCACUUCUCUGCAAUAGUCACUUUCACCUUGUAAAGUUGGGGUGGCAAUAGUCUGCUCUAAUGCAGGACCAGAGUAGGAACACUGAGGUGAAACAGUGGCUGAAAUUGCAUUUACUCAAACUGUUUUCAAACCCCGGGCAGGGUAACAUGGUAGGAGACAGGCCUCAUCCAUACUUGUAAGCAUAAUUACACACACCUCUCUCUCUCUUGCACUACUACACUGUGAUCGAAGCCUUUGAUUUGUGGCUGCCAGCUGUUAAAUGCACCAGUUAGUACGGUACCUGUCCACACGCAAAAAAGACCAAGGGAAUAACUUUGGGAGCAGGUCUUGGCUUUGAAUAAAAAGGUAGAAGGCCCAUCUUGCCUGUAAGGGGAGGGGGCAGGUUACCAUAACCCCAUUCAAAGUUGUGCCUGGAUUUGUGUUGCAGCAAUAAGAACUGUCCCUUGGUCUUUGCAAAAAUACUGUGAAAAUGUCUUGUGGGGGUGGGGAAAUGUACCAAGUCUGGACACUAAAAAAAGAAGAGGUAUUUAAGAAGAUAUAAAAGCAACACAUUUGCUUUACAAAAAAACAACAAAAUAAAGAAUUUUCAAAAAGAA